ACUCAUCUCAAAAACAAUCUCCAUCAAGAGAUCUCAGCAAAUUGCUAAAUGAAUUCUCCAUCCAUUGUAUCUAAAUAUCAAGAAUUUGACACAUGGAAAUUUGAUAUAGCAAGCAUAUAUAAAUUCCAAAAUGUAGCUAGCUAUAAGGUAGCUAAUAAUUUUGCACUAUAGUAAUAAGCUACAAAAUACUUAAUGGAAGGAGAAAAAUCAAAGAAAGAAGAGAAUGCGAAACAAGAGUCGCCAAAAGAAAUUCGAUACCGAGGAGUGAGACGUCGUCCGUGGGGAAAGUACGCGGCCGAGAUUCGUGACCCGGCUCGUCGUGGUACGCGCGUGUGGCUAGGCACAUUUCUCACCGCGGAGGAAGCCGCAAGAGCUUAUGACCGCGCCGCGUUUGAAAUGAGAGGCGGUUUAGCCAUUCUCAAUUUUCCACAUGAGUACCCUUCUAUGAACUCUUCAACAUCAUUACUAGGACCUAAUUUACCUUCAUCUUCUUGCUCUGAAUCAAGUUAUCAAUAUGAGCAUGGAAAAGAAGUUAUUGAGUUUGAAUGUUUGGAUGAUAAAUUGUUGGAAGAUCUUCUUGAUUGUGAUCAGAGUGAAAUUACUACUCACAAAAACUUGCCUAAGUAGAUUAACUAGAAGUGAGAACUCAAUAUUUGGUAUGAGGACAAUUGUUUUUUUUGGAGUACUUACAAAAUCUAGUGAAAAAUUAAAUGUCCUUUAGAAUGGGAAUUGGAUAAGGUUAUCACAUUCACAGUGACAUUUUGUACUAGUCAAUUGGUUUACAUGUAUCCGUACCUUACACAACGUACUCCUGUUAUGUUCUUUUUUAUGUGUCGUUUGAGUUGAA